GUGCUGCGAGUACUGCUCAGAUUUGACAGCGUUCAUGUUGACCAUGGUUUAGACCGGAUAGCUGGUAGUUUCCCUCAGAUGUUUAGAUAGUAAUCUGUAACAGCACCAGUGUGAGGUGUUCAUGAGCUGGUUUACCCAAAGGUGAAAGAGAUGUUUUGGAGCUCCGCAGCUCGGCGGGGAUGUUUCGGACCUUUCCGCUGCUGGUCCUUCACAGCCGGUCCCAGGACACUCACGACCCGGCUCUGCCCUCUGCACACUUCACGGUUGUUUUCUAUUUCUGUCCCCGUGAAGUCUCAAACACAAGAUGAGGUAAAGCCACCUCGGAAGCAGUGGUCUCUGACGGUUAACCCGUUCAGCACGGUGCGGGCACAGCUGGCCUGCAGCAUCUCGAUCCGCCCGCUGGACCCGCACGACUUCCCGGAGUCUGACCGUGUCUUCGUCACAGUUCACGGGACAGACAACGAGCAGGAGGUCGGCCUGGAUGACCUACACGUCCACUAUGAUGACCUGAGCAAAGAGCUGCUCAUCUCAGGGGAGAAGGUUAAGGGGAGCUUUUCGAUUGAUAUGACUGCACCUACUAAAAGUGAUCUCUUCAUUACAACUCAAGGGAACGGCAACGUGCAAGUAAAGAAAAUGGAGUGUGAUAUCUGCAAGGUGCAGACAGAGAGGGGCAACUGUUUACUGCACUCUGUCAAGAGUCAUCAGGUUGAGGUCCAGUCCAAUGGAGGACAUGUUACAGGUGUUGGCACUAUCCAUGGAAAUGUGAACAUCAGCACAUGUGGAGAUGGUAGAGUUGAUAUCAAGAAGCUUCAAGGCACCAAAAUGAAUAUUUCAACCAGACACGGCCCUCUGAAGGUCAAAGCCAUCUAUGCUGAGUCCAGCUUUGUCUCCUCCUGCUCUGGGAGAGUAGAACUGGGCAAUGUGCACGGUAACACCACUGUGAAGAACGUGUCUGGAGAUACAGUAAUUGAUGGUUCAAAUAGUUUCCUAAGGGUUUCCUCUCACAGCGGAGCCAUUGAUGUCUAUGUGGGAGAUGGUGGUAGUGCCGAACUCCACAGUCAGGAAGGAGCGGUGUGUGUGCGUAUCCCCUCCUCGCUGAAAGCUGGUCUGGAGCUCAUUGGAACAUCUGUGGAUCUCAGCCCAGAGGUUGUUCUGCAUGGAGUAGAGAACAACACGACUGAAGGCCAAACAACUGUUACUGGCUAUAUCAAUGGCGUCUCCCCAGUUGAUAAGUGGGUUAAAGCUCAGGCAGAAAGAAACUCCGUCAGACUGAAGACACAAAGCUGGUUCGAAUCCCUGAAGCUGGGGAGCUGAGUUGUGAGCUUUACACUUUUAGAGCAAAACUGGAUGUACCAUUACUUCACAAAGUAACUCUGUGCUCAGGAUAAAAUGUAACCUCGAUAAAGACAUUAGAAUAAUCUAUAGUGUUUAAGAUAUACUCUUUGUUUCACUAUACAUACUGUACACUGAGAAACUGUUUGCUUGUUCAUAUUUUUGGGUUUGUUUACUUGUAAUGUGAAUUAUGUUCAGCAAUUAAAUGUCUUCUGUAUGGUAUGUAAAUACUAUAAACACUAUCUCAAACUGCGGCAAAAGCAUUGCAAGUCUUUUAUUCAUCAAUAGUUAAGUUUAGACACUUAAAUAACAAAAUUAGACCAUCUAAAUUUGAAUCUGGUAUUGAUCUGGCCAAUGGAAGUUAAUAACUAAGACAAUUUAUUGAAGCAGUAAGUAUAUGUUAUAAUAGCAAUAAUUAAUGUAUAGUGUUAAAGAACAUCCACACAUACCUUCUGAAACAAUAGAAAAGCAAACUACAAAGUGUUGUAUAAAAAAAAUGAUAAACCAAUAUUGUAGAAUGAGAGUACACUUUUUUUAAAUUUAAAAAAGUAUAAAUGAACAAUGUUUCUGUAUAAGGAAGAAACACUUGGUGCACUGCAUGGACAGACGUUAAUCACAAAAGGUAGAAAUGAUAAAAUAAAUAAAUGAUCACAUUUCAAAAGGUUUAAAAUCUCAAAUAAAUAGACACCAUGAUGUCUUAUUGCUGCAUAGCCAACUUUUGCAUCCACACACUAGAUUGUUUUGUUGCCGUUAUCCUUACUAAAUAAUCCAAUGAUAGUAGAGUUGUGGUUCAGCCAUAGGUUUAUAUAUAUACUGUAUAUGUCAUUUUAAAACAAAAUUCCUAAUUUUAAGACAAAGCCAUCUAAAAAUCAAAAGUGAACACCAACACUGGACUAUUUAGCUUUAAGCUUUGAACAAAAUCCAUUAACAUUUUCCAGAAUUCAGACUUAAAACGUAUCGGGAGUGAUACACAGUUAUGAUUUUUUUAUAUAAAUGAAAAUAUACAACAUAAUAGAGGUAAAACAAUAUAAUACAGGGGACUGGAAUUAUAAAAGACCCCAAACUGUAUGGUGGUAAUAAAGAGGAAAUCUAAAAUGUU